CGUCACGAGCGUCGUCAGUCGAGCGCUGCAGCAUCUAUACAAGUAUAUUAUACCACAUAUCGCGCUGUACACUUGGCGUGUUUAUCUGACCGUCGCAACUCUCGCAAUUGACAGUGCACACAGGCCAACGGCGGAGUGGCAAAGGCACAUCUCGCGCAGUAGCAACUGGGCGUGCGUGUUGAUAUAUACGCGAGUGUCUGCGUGCGCCAGAUGCGUAAAGAAGUCAUUGUAUAGCAGGAGCGAGAGCGAGAGAGAGAGAGAGACAGAGAUACCGAAUCGCCGUCAUGAGCGAAUGGCAACUGGGCAACAAAAUUCCGGCAGUCAGUAGGUGGAUGUAACGUCCGGCGGUUCUUCACAUAUAAACACACACGUUCGAGUCCAUAUAGCGAUUCGUAUUACGUAUAACGUAUCGAGUGCUUGUGUGUGCAACCCGUUACUGUACAGUGUGACGUGUGUGCGCGUGUGUGCUGCUCGUGUGUCUGUGUGUGCAGCAGCAAGUUUAUACAGCAUACAAGUGCAGCUUAACGCUUUCUGCAAACUCAACGCGUAUAUGUGCAACGGCGACUGAGCGCCCCGAGUCGCAGACCUCGCGCUGCUGCCUGUUGUUGUGCUUGAUUUGUUUUUCAAAAGUACGUGUGUGCCCCCAAAGACUAUUAUAAAUAAUGGCAGACACAACGGUGGACGCGACUAGGCGGCUCAACGUCAAGAAGCAGACCCUCGACGACGCUUAUGCGGCGCCAGCCAACUUCCUCGAGAUCGACGUUAUCAAUCCCAUUACCCACGGACUCGGCAAAAAACGAUACACCGAUUACGAAGUCCGCAUGAGGACAAAUUUACCAGUUUUCAAAGUCAAAGACUCCAGCGUAAGAAGGAGAUACAGUGACUUUGAGUGGUUGAGAAAUGAGCUAGAACGAGAUAGUAAAAUUGUCGUACCUCCACUACCAGGCAAAGCAUGGAAACGACAAAUGCCAUUUAGAGGAGAUGAUGGAAUAUUUGAAGAAGACUUUAUUGAGGACAGAAGAAAGGGCUUAGAAGUUUUUGUUAACAAAAUCGCUGGACAUCCAUUGGCUCAGAAUGAGAGAUGUUUACACAUGUUUUUGCAAGAAGUUUGUAUAGACAAGAAUUAUGUGCCUGGAAAAAUAAGGAACACAUAGAUAAUAUGAAAAAAAAAAAAAAAAAUUAAUUAAGGCAAUAAGAAUGUUGAAAUUCUUUUGAACAUGUCAUAAAAUUAAUAUUUUAACUGAUUUAUACAAAAACGAUCUGGAGUAUCUCUCUAUAUUACUAUAUAAAGUUUCAAAUUGUGCUAUGAAAUAAUAUUUACAUAUUCUUUCAGAUGAAAAACUCAAUUUUUGAAUUUUUUAUCUGUAAAUGUUACAUACAUAUUUAUGAAAUGUUUUCAAAACAUCUCAAUAAAAUGUAAAUUACUCGGUGUAAUAUUUAGUCUUUCAAUGAGACAGUCAUUUAUUUGUACGUUGUAAUUCUAUAAUUUAGCCUAUUUUUUUGAUUUGACUAUACAUAAAUACAAUUGCAUUUUCACUCACUUUGAAAAAAUCAUAAAUAGAGAAUAAAUAAUAUUAAAAUUGAUAAGAUAUUUUCUACACUGUUCAUUUGAUUAUGAAUUGUGAAAUUUAUUAUAAGCAAAUUGUUAUUUUAAAUAUAUGGUGUAAUUAAUGAUUUGGACCUUAUGAUGUAUUAAUUAUUCACACGUUUUAAAAGUUAUUAAAAUAUAAA